GAGAUGUGAAUGCUGUAUAGCUACGGUAAGUUCAGAUCGCCAUUGUACUCCGUCUCAUUCUGGGUCAGUUUGGCCUUUUUUUUUUUUUGUGCCGAACGGCCGCAAAGACAGGAUGGAGAACAACGGACUCCACCGUGUCCCGACCGAUCACAUUGACGAGAGUUGGGUCUGUUGGACAUCCGGUAGUCUACCGGAGAAAAAGAAUAGUGCGUGCAGUAAUUUUUUUUUUUUCUCUGAUAAAAUUGCAGACGGAGCUCCACAUAUCGGAGCCUGACGUCAAUGUGAAACGGGCCUUAGAGAUUCCGUCAGACGUAUCCGCCGGCAUCCCGCCAAAAAAGUGAUGUGGACAUAUAUAGUAAUGGAGACCAUUCAUUUCAAUGGCCUAAGUCACCCUUCUAUAUGCCCAAGUUUUAGCAUACUGGAUAGCGUAUCAGACCAAGCUUUGGUGUCCGCUGAAAAUAGCGCAAACAGCCAGAAAGGUGACUCCAGGCCAUUGAAAUGAAUGGCACCUUAUCAGCACCCAGCCAAAAAUGGAGGAAAACCGCAGUGUGGACCUAGCCUAAUUUGUCAGUCAAAAAUGACGUGACUACUACCAACGUAGUGUAAACACAGCCUAAAGCCCAAUAUGGCAUGCGUUUCUGUAUACGUCAUAGGACACACACAUUUAAAGGGAUCCCACAAUAGCCCUAUGGGUGACUGAAACCAUAUCCGUCAUGGCAGCCAUAGUUUUUCUGGUCAAAAAAUGACGCAAAAUCUCCACGGAACCUGACCGGACGUUCGGUCCCCGUAACGGACGGAUCCGCAAUGGUCGCGCGCUCACAGUGCCCUCUGGCGGUCACCGACCUCCUCUCACUACUUCUUCUUCACGCUCGGCGUAAAUCUCGCCGCCGCUCUCGUCAAAAUCCCGCGAGACUUCCCAAAGUGGUCGGAAGUGGUGUGAAGAGUUGUCCGGCCGAAUCCUCCUACUUAUCAGUGCGGCAUCGAUGAUGUUCCUGGCCAGGACCAUGUGACUGCCUUCCCUACCUACCCUGAUACAGAAAUAUCCAAAUAACUAAGCUGCAUUCCAGGGACAUAUUCAGUGUGUUGUUUUACAUCUCUUAAGCUGUCAACAUGCUUGCUGGGAUGGAGGACCUGCUGCUGCUGCCGGGAGAAGUGGUUAAAGAUAUGGCUAAGGACAUCUCUUACAUCUGCCCGUUCUCAGGGGCUAUUCGUGGCAGCUUUACGGUUACAAACUACAGACUGUAUUUCAAAAGUCUGGAACGGGAUCAUCGCUUGAUACUGGACGCCCCUCUAGGAAUCAUAAGUCGCGUUGAAAAGAUUGGCAUAUCUACUGGUCGCGGAGAGAAUUCUCAUGGCAUUGAAGUUGUGUGCAAGGACAUAAGAAAUAUGAGAUUUGCCUACAAGCACGACGGACGUACUCGAAAAACCGUGUUUGAGAGCCUUGUGGCUUAUUCUUUCCCUUUAAAUCAUGAGCUGCCACUCUUUGCCUUCGAAUAUAAAGAAACAUUCUCUGAAAAUGGCUGGAAAGUUUAUGACCCCAUUGCAGAAUACAAAAGACAGGGUGUGCCCAAUGAAAGUUGGAGAAUUUCACGACUAAACGAUCGGUACGAGCUAUGUGAUAGCUAUCCGGCAACUCUAGUGGUUCCAGUGAAUAUGUCAGAUGAUGAGCUACGAAGGGUGGCUGCGUUUAGAGCCAAAGAUCGAAUCCCUGUUUUAUCUUGGAUUCAUCCGGAGACUCAGGCCACUAUUGUACGGUGCAGCCAGCCCAUGCCGGGAGUCAAUGGGAAAAGGUGUAAGGAGGAUGAGAAGUAUCUACAGUCCAUCAUGGAUGCCAACGCACAAUCCCACAAGAUAUUUAUUUUCGAUGCAAGGCCUAGUGCUAAUGCUAUAGCAAGUAAGUCAAAAGGCGGAGGAUUUGAGAGCGAGGACGCCUAUCAGAAUGCAGAGUUGGUCUUCUUAGAAAUCCACAAUAUUCACGUCAUGAGGGAGUCUCUAAGAAAGCUGAAGGAGAUCUCAUAUCCCAUCAUUCAGGAGUCACACUGGCUGUCAAACCUGGAGUCCACUCACUGGCUAGAACACAUUAAGUGCAUUCUUUCUAGUGCUCUGAGAAUUGCUGACAAACUGGAAUCGGGGAAGACAUCAGUAGUCGUUCACUGCAGCGAUGGAUGGGACCGCACUCCACAGCUCACCUCAUUGGCUAUGCUCAUGCUCGAUGGCUAUUAUCGGACCAUACGAGGGUUUGAAGUGCUGGUGGAGAAGGAAUGGCUGAGCUUCGGGCAUAAAUUCUUCCUUAGGAUCGGACAUGGUAGCAGGACUCACCCAGAUGCAGACAGAUCCCCAGUGUUCCUGCAGUUUAUUGACUGUGUUUGGCAAAUGACAAGACAGUUCCCUCACGCCUUCGAGUUUAAUGAGCAUUUCCUCCUGACUAUUCUGGAUCAUCUUUACAGUUGUCUGUUUGGAACAUUUCUCUGUGACAGCGAACAACAGAGAGUAGAAGAGACUGUUCCACAAGAGUCUGUAUCCCUGUGGUCCUAUAUAAACAGCCAACUAGAAGACUUCACCAAUCCUUUCUAUGUGGAUUACUCCGACCACGUCCUGUAUCCCGUCACCAGCACUAGACAUCUGCAGUUGUGGACUGGAUAUUACAUAAGGUGGAAUCCAAGAUCUAAAUCGCAGGAAACCAUCAAUAGCCGCUGCAAGGAUUUACUUGCCAAACGUGCAGAGCUGCAGAAGAAACUAGAAGAGCUUCAGCAAGAGAUGAGCAACCGCUCGCUGUCCUCGGAGAGGGGAGGCUCAGUGGCGUCCGUCACCCAGACAGUUGUUUAAUACCAAUAUGGUAGUCACUGGGAGGAAUAUCUCAAGUCUUACACAAGGUUGGGAGCAUAAAUUGAAGGUUUUGAUAAGAGGCUGGGGUACAUUGGUUUUUGUUCUAUUUAUAGCAGAUUAACACAGGCAUUGUUACACAGCACUACUAAUGUCUAUAGCAGUGUUUCCCAACCAGG